CCGUCCCAGUCCCAAACCCUCUUUCCUUCGUCUCCAAACCCCCCCACCCCAAACUUCCCCCAAAUCCUCCGAGAAAAAAAAAAAAAACACAAAAGUACUCGAACAAUACAUUCGCUCCCCUCCUUCUUCCUAUCCUCGCCCUUCACCGGCCUUCCAUCUCGCAAAUCGACACCUAUGAAAUAGAUCCCAGCUUACACGGAUGCAAUUCACGGGCCCACACCAAGCACGCUCCAGAAAAGCGAUCUGAGAGUCCGAUUUGUGUUAUCGGCUUUGAACAUGGCCUCUCGCAAUCAGAACCGGCCUCCCAGGAGUUCCUCCACUAAAAAGGAUGAUAUCGACCAAGUUUCUUUUGACAAGCGUCGGAGGAUUGGAGCAGGAAGAAUGGUCGCACCGGCAAGCACAGGCCGUGGGCGGCAGGCAUUUGCUGUGGUCAACAAUAGGCAAGAUGUUACGGCUGCAAGUGACAUGGGCAGUGCUGAGGGUUCGGAGUGUGGAACUAUAGAGUUUACAAAGGAAGAAGUUGAGGCAUUGUUGAAUGUGAAGUUUAAGGGAAAGCAGUUUGAUCUUAAGGGGAAAUUGGAACAAAUGAGUGAACAUAUUAAGAGGCUAAAACUUUGCAUCAAUUGCUUCCAACAAACUGAAGAAAACCAUGUUACUGAGAAGGAAAAGCUUCAAAGUGCGAUGGAAACUGUUGAGAAAAAGUGCAUGGAUACUGAGAUGGAGAUGAAAAACAAGGUGGAGGAGUUCAAUCUGAUCAUUUCAGACUUGAAGAAAAAUAUAUCAUUUUUAGAAGAGAGAGUUGCCAAGGAAGAAUCGGAUAAGUUGGAUGCGAUUGAAUGUCAUAUAAAAGAAAAAGAAGCAAGGGUUGCUAGUGAGAAGUCGCAAUCUUCUCUUUUGGCGGAGCUUGAAAAAACUCGGCAGGGAAAAUCAGCUGCUGAACAUAAGGCAGCCUCCUUCGAGGAUAUGUACAAGCGAGCGCAAGAGUAUAACAUGAGUCUACAACAGUAUAACAGCAAACUCCAAAAAGACAAUGAAACACAUAGUGAGUCUCUCAAACGAGUUGAAAGGGAGAAGUUGACUAUUGUGGAGAACCUUAGCAAUUUAAGGUGUCACAAUAAGGCAUUGCAAGAUCAAUUAACUUCUUUCAAAGCUUCUCAAGAUGAGUCCAUAAAGCAAAAAGAGUUGUUAUCAAAUGAACUUAGAUGCCUUCGUGGGGAACUAAAUCAAGUAAGGGAUGACCGUGAUCGCCAAGUGACGCGGGUGCAAGCUUUAACCGCUGAAGUGGUGAAGUAUGAAGAAUUCACCGGGAGGUCAUGUGUGGAGUUGGAUAACUUGACGCUAAAAUCAAAUGCCUUGGAGGAGACUUGUUCUUCUCAAAGGGAGCAGAUUCGCAUUCUGCAGCAACAGCUUACUGCUGCGAAUGAGAAAUUAAAGAUGACCGAUUUAUCUGCUUCGGAGACCAGAGCCGAAUUUGAAGAGAAAAAAAGAAUUGUGCGUGAACUCCAUGAUCGCCUGGUGGAUGCUGAGUUUCAGCUUAGUGAAGGAGAGAAAUUAAGAAAAAAACUGCACAACACUAUUCUGGAACUAAAAGGGAACAUUCGAGUUUUUUGCCGAGUCCGUCCCUUGUUGCCUGAUGAUGGCGUUGAAACAGAAGCUACAUUAAUAUCUUACCCUACAUCAACGGAAGCUCUAGGCCGUGGCAUUGACCUGAUGCAAAGUGGGCAGAAAUAUCCUUUCACAUUUGACAAAGUGUUUACGCAUGAGGCUUCUCAACGGGAUGUUUUCGUAGAAAUAUCCCAGCUGGUGCAGAGUGCACUUGAUGGCUAUAAGGUGUGUAUAUUUGCUUAUGGCCAAACGGGCUCAGGUAAAACGUACACUAUGAUGGGCAAGCCAGAAACCUUGGAGCAAAAAGGGCUAAUACCACGUUCACUAGAACAGAUCUUCCAGACUAGUCAGUCCCUUCAAGCGCAAGGCUGGAAAUACAAAAUGCAGGCUUCAAUGUUGGAAAUAUACAACGAGACCAUUCGUGAUUUACUAUCAACAAACCGAUCAAAUGGGCUGGACAUGUCACGGACAGAAAACGGCAUUCCAGGAAAACAGUAUACUAUUAAACAUGAUGCAAAUGGAAACACUCAUGUUUCUGACCUCACCAUUGUUGAUGUCUGCAGUAUAAAAGAGAUUUCUUCUCUUCUGCAGCAGGCUGCCCAAAGCAGGUCUGUGGGUAGAACACAAAUGAAUGAGCAGUCAUCAAGAAGCCAUUUUGUCUUUACAUUGCGCAUAUCUGGUGUAAAUGAGAGCACUGAGCAACAAGUUCAGGGGGUUUUAAACCUCAUUGAUCUUGCUGGAAGUGAGAGAUUAUCAAAAAGUGGGUCAACUGGAGAUCGGUUGAAGGAAACUCAGGCCAUAAAUAAAAGUUUGUCUUCUUUGGCUGAUGUAAUAUUUGCAUUGGCAAAGAGGGAGGAACAUGUGCCUUUUAGGAACUCAAAGCUCACAUAUCUUCUCCAGCCAUGCCUAGGUGGGGAUUCGAAGACCUUGAUGUUCGUAAAUAUCUCCCCCGAUCCUUCUUCAGUUGGCGAGUCUCUCUGCUCUCUCCGGUUUGCUGCCAGAGUCAAUACGUGUGAAAUUGGAAUUCCUCGGCGUCAGACAACAGUUCGACCUGCAGAUUCUCGUUUGAGUUAUGGCUGACAUUGCGCCCCUACGUUUUGUCUGCCUCUGCCCUGCUCUGCUUCCAUAACCUGCAAAGAGUAACUGUUAGUUGUACUGAGUAAUGUUUAUGAUGUGGAUAAUGGGUGGAUUGGUUGUACCAAUUUUUUCUAGUUCCGUUUCUAGCUACUACUAAUUUCUACUUUAGAUUUAUACUUUAGGUAUUGAUUGGAUGAAUUUAUUGCCUCGCGAGAUGAUCCUUCACUGUUAUAUGAAAAUGUUCAUAACUUGAUGUUUACAGGUAUGAAGAAAUUAUGCAUG